AUGGCUGCUGCCACCGUCUCGGUGCUGUGCUCUCCGGGCGUCCUUCUACGGGCGACGGUGGCCGACGUCGCCGUGGAGACGACGACGCGAAGGCACCACGUCAACAACGCGCCCUUGGUGGUCUUCGUCGGCUUCGCUUUGUUCACGUUCGUGGUGGUUGCCAUCACUCCGCCGCUCGCUUACGCCGUCUCCUCGAUCGGCCACGCGGUCUUCGCCAUCGCUAUCGGCUUCUGCCUCAAGCGCUACCUGACGGCAAGGUUCGGCCGCAGACUACCGGUGACCGGGAAGGCCGUCUUCGUCUCAGGAUGCGACACGGGCCUAGGUCAGGCGAUCGCCCUGGGGCUACAAAAUAAGGGCUUCAUCGUGUUCGCCGGUUGCAUGGACCCGGAUUCGGAAGGCUCGCGCAAUCUGAUCGCCCACUCGAUCACCGUUCUCCACGUGGACUACCUCAAGCACGACACCAUCGUCAGAGCGUACGAUGAGGUCAAGAAUCGCUUAAAAGGGAAAGCUCUUUGGGGUGUGGUAGCCAACGCCGGCGUGGCCUGCUACGGCGAAAUGGAGUGGAUACCCUACAAGGAAAUGCAACGCAUCAUCGACGUCAACAUCCUCGGCACGCUCAAGUUCAUCCUGUUCGGUCUACCGCACAUCAAGAGCAGUCGCGGCCGCAUUGUUUUUAUUACUGGGUUGCAAGGCAGGAUCUCCCUUCCUGGAAUGGUGAUCGGGUCCGCGACCACGGCAGCCCUGUCCAGCUACGCGGACGGUCUUCGCCGAGAACUGGCCAAGUUCAAGAUCCAAGUUUGCACUGUCGAGCCGGCAUUCUACAAGACCCACAUGACCGACCCCACGGAAGUCACUCAGGCCAUCAAUGACGUCACUCACAAGCUGCCCAACCUGGUCAAGGAAGAGUACGGUUCCGCCUACCUGGACAGCUUCACCUUCACCUUCGCCAGGAAGCUGAGACGAUUCUCGCGCCAGAACUUCGACGAAGUGUCCACAGCCGUCGCCAGGGCGCUGUUGAGCAGCGAGACGAGCGUGCGCUAUCGUUGCUGCGGGGUGCGCCAGUCGCUCACCUGGACCGUGCUGGAGUUCGUGCCGCUCAAGAUAUGCGACUUCUUCCUCAUCCUCCAGUUCACUCCCAGGGCCGCGCUGGCAGGCAACAUACGGGUGAGGAACGUCCUCGUCCAGCCGCUUCCCAUCGAAGACCCGGCCUUCACGAGCAGUAAUAACAAACCGCUGGACCACAUGGAGACCGUGCAGCCCGCGUUCCAGACGCCGCCGAUAUUCAAGUCACAGUUCCGCUUCUAGAAGGGCGCGCGGAGAAGGGGACGACUUGGUCGGGCGAGCCUCGGUAUUCGGUUGUGGCGCGAGCACUUCACAAUUCGUAUUCUUUGAUGACAUGGAAUGCACCGAUCAAGCGCCCGGCGCACGACACCUGGUGUCCAUCGCACGCCUCAAUAAUCCAGGAGCACGCUCAUUGAUGAUAAUGUCCCAAGACAGGUCUUAGAAAAUCCCUCAACGUCCGUUGUUUAUGGUGGGUGAUGUGGA